AUGCCGCACUUAGGCUUGCCGCAGACAGGCUUCCAGGCCUUGAUCCUCUGUGGGCCAGGAGCCUCGCUGAACACAUUCACUUCUAUCCCAGAGGAAUUUCCAAAGGCGUUGGUACCGGUUGCAAAUCGGCCUAUGGUGUGGUACCCCAUGGACUGGUGCUAUCGCCUAGGUAUUACCAACAUCACCCUCAUCACAUCGCCUACCAGCCACUCUGUCAUGAAGACUGCUUUAUCUCAAAAUCCUCAUCUCACAUCCAUUCAGUUCCCCACGCCAACACUCCUCGCGCCAGCGGAUCUUUCUCCGACCACGGGCACUGCAGAGCUUCUUCGGCUACCGGAGGUCCAGGCGUGUAUAAAAACGGACUUUAUAGUCCUACCUUGUGAUCUAAUAUGUGAUUUGCCCGGGCAAUCCCUCCUUGAAGCAUGGAUGAUGACGCAAGGCUCGCUAGACGGGACAGCCGAUGGCUCGGCCCUAUUACCUGGAUCAUCUAGUCUUCUAGGGCUCGCCGGAGAGAAAGUGGGACGAAGGGGAGGUCUCGGUGUCUGGUACCCGUUGCCCACCAAUGAGGAGAAAAUUAAAGAUGAGGUUGCUGACUUCCUUGUCACUGCCCCAUUAAGCGGGGAUGAAACCCCCGCUGUCCAGGGAUCACCCGCAACUCCAGCUUCUGUGCGCGCAGGCCUGCACAGAGUUGCAUAUACAAUGCCGAUGGAUACGUUGAAGGACUCAAUCGAAGAGAAAAAGGCACUGUUCAUACGGUACUCGCUGCUAAAGAAGCACGGGCGGAUCAAGAUUCUGACUGGCUAUCGUGAUGCACACAUCUACUUUUUCCCGUACUGGGUCAAGGAGAUGGCCCUGAGGAAUGAAAAAUUCCAGAGCAUUAGUGAAGAUCUGCUUGGCUGGUGGGCAAAGGCUGGCUGGCAGAAGGGGCUGGCUGCCAAACUCGGCAUCCAGGACCUCCUAUCUUCGGAUAAAGAUUCAGAGGGAAAGACAGACAGCCGCUCCAGUGGACACAUUGAAGAAGAGAUUGACUUGAUGAGCAUGAGCACCACCAAGUCAACCCGCGAGUUUGAUAUCCAGUCGAGGACGAUCCCAACAAGUCUGUCAAACAGCUUCCACGCCGCCGAUGACCAGGCCGAAGGUUUGUCAACCACCACAGCCGAGAAAAUAAAUACCCCACCACUCCUCGGCUACGUAGCUCCAUCUAGGCCUUCCAUGCCAUUAAUUCGAAGGGUAGAUAACUCUGCGCUUCUACUAUCCAUCUCGCUCCGCCUUGCAAAGCUAGACGCCAUCAGUGAUUCACACACGCCCAACACUACCAUUUCUCCCUUAGCCCAUACUAACAAGAUUGCAUACCCACCCGGAAUCGCACAGCGCUGUACAAUUUCCAAAUCUGACUGCUUGCUUGCCGAAAACGUUACAGUAGAGGACAAGUGCAUCAUUAAGGAGUCAAUUAUUGGAGCUAACUGUCAUAUCGCGUCAGGCGCACGACUCACUAGAUGUCUACUGAUGGAUGGGGCCGUCGUUGGUGAACGAUGCCAGCUGAUCGGGUGUAUCGUUGGGCGAAGAAGCAAACUUGGCCGAGACUGUGUGCUAAAGGACUGUGAGGUUCAAAAUGGAAAUAUUGUUCCAGACGAGACGGACGCGAAGAAUGAGAAGUUUAUGAUUUUCGAGGGACUUGAUGAUGAUAUGUCUACGGUGGGUGAGGGUACGGAUAUGAGCUCUAACGAGAAGCAAGACAAUAUGGCCUGA